AUGAUUUAUAUGUCAAUUAGGUAACUUUCUAUUUGAUAAAAGAUUUCUAUAGAUGCAAGCUCAUGAUACAGACUCCUUAUUGGCAUAUAAUUGGUAAUUUUAUGGAUGGCCAAAAGGCAAAUUUGACAUUUGUUUCUGGUGUUAGAUUUCGAUUUUAUUCUUUUGAGUACUCCUUGGAUGUUAGGCAACAACAAGAUUUGUUUAUGACAUAUCAAAUGCUCGUUGAUUUUUGUUAAAUAACUUCUAAUAGUUGUUCCUCCUUUAAUAGUACUAGUAGCGUGACAAUAAAUUUUGGGACUGAAGAAUGCUGAACUCACCAGUACUCAAGCCAUAAAUGGUGUGUCAUUUUCUGCAAGACAAAGCAGUUGGUGGUGACUCCAAUGAGGGCUAUGGCACUGAUUUCAUGAUAUUUGCUUCACAAUGUUAAAUUUAUGUUUCAUCAGAUGUUACAUGACCCAUGUUGUUUCCUCCUUAAGGUUCAGAACUUCAGAUUCUUGUGUACCUGUGGCAUGUCGUUCAAGUGUAAAUUUGUGAAGAAAGCUGGCCCAAAUCCAAAAUCGAACACAACUUUAGCUGCUGUAUUGGAGAAAGCUAGAGAGCUAGAUGUACCCAAGGAAAUUGUGGAGCGCAACAUCAAAAAAGCAUCUGAAAAGGGACAAGAGACUUAUAUUGAGAAGUUCUAUGAGGUGUAUGGUUUUGGCGGGGUUGGUAUGGUAGUUGAAGUCCUGACCGAUAAAAUAACCAGAUCAGUGGCUGCUGUCAGAGGAGUCGUGAAGGACUCUGGGGCAAAGCUGGCUGAUCCAGGAUCUAUCUUAUUCAAGUUUAGGCGUGUCCGAGUUGUGAACAUAAAGGCAACUGAUGCUGAUAAAGAUCAGCUGCUUGUUGUUGCCUUAGAUGCUGGUGCUGAAGAUGUUAUUGAGCCAACAGUGUAUGAUGAUGACUCAGAAGAAGAUCAUUCAGAAAGCUAUUAUAAGAUUGUUACUGAAGCUGAAAACUACUCCGCCAUACUAUCAAAACUGCAAGAUGAAGGAAUAGCAUAUGAACCAGACAAUGGUUUUGAACUACUGCCACUGAACCCCAUUGAGGUAGAUGAUGAAGCGAUGGAGUUAAACAAGGAACUAAUGUCCAAAUUACUUGAACUUGAUGAUGUAGAUGCUGUUUAUUCUGAUCAAAAGUGAUGAUGGACAAUUUUUCUUAACAAUUUGGUGAGAACCAGUAGCAAUUUGUUUCUUCUUAUCAUCCUCGUUAUUGUUUUUUAAUAUUUUGCAGCUUGGGCUGU